GUUAAAAAAUAGAGUGAAAAGAGGGUCGAAAUCGAAGAUAGAGAAAAUGUUAGAAGAGUGAAGAGACGUUGGUACGGUGGUUGGACUUGGAAGCUCCGUCGGGUUUCGAUGAACUCGAGGAAAUCCCUCUUUACUUAACACUCAGCAAAAAUAACACACAUUCUCAUUUCUCAUUCCUCAUUCCUCAUUCCAUUCAACCAUGGCACACCUUCUCCAAACUCCCUUCAUUUCCUCCUCCUCCUCCCCCGCGCUCCGCCGCGCCCCCACUCUCCGCCGCAAAGCCACCGCCCCGCUCGUCGUUCGGGCCAAGAUCCGGGAGAUUUUCAUGCCGGCGCUCAGCUCCACCAUGACAGAGGGCAAAAUCGUCUCCUGGACCAAAUCCGAGGGUGACAAGCUCUCCAAGGGCGACAGCGUCGUCGUCGUCGAGUCCGACAAGGCCGACAUGGACGUCGAGACCUUCUACGACGGCUACCUCGCCGCCAUCGUUGUCGAGGAGGGCGGAGUCGCCGCCGUCGGAUCCCCCAUCGCCUUCCUCGCCGAGUCCGAGGACGAGAUUCCUCAGGCCAAGUCCAAAGCCUCCUCAUCCUCUUCCGCGUCCGCACCUGCUCCUGCACCUGCACCUGCACCUGCACCGGCGCCGGUGGAAUCUCAACCGGAGAAGGUUGCGGCGCCAGUCUCGACGGCGGCUGCGGCUGCUCCGGUGGUUGCGUCCAGUCAUCCUGCUUCGGAGGGAGGGAAGAGGAUUGUGGCGUCGCCUUAUGCGAAGAAGCUCGCCAAGGAGUUGAAGGUGGAGUUGGGGAGGAUUGUGGGGACUGGACCGAUGGGGAGGAUUGUGGCUAAAGAUGUUGAGGCAUUUGCAGCUGCAGGUAAUGUUGCAGCAGCGGCGGCACCAGGGAAGAGUGCAGUGCCUGCUGGGGUGGACUUGGGAUCUGUAGUGCCUUUCACCACAAUGCAAAAUGCUGUGAGUAGAAACAUGGUGGAGAGUUUGGCAGUUCCCACUUUCAGAGUUGGUUACACCAUCACCACAGAUGCACUUGAUGCCUUGUACAAAAAGAUCAAGUUAAAGGGAGUUACAAUGACAGCAUUGCUUGCCAAGGCUACUGCACUUGCGCUGAUUAGACACCCUGUUAUGAACUCUAGUUGUAGAGAUGGUAAUAGCUUUACAUAUAAUAGCAGCAUCAAUGUUGCAGUUGCUGUGGCUACAGACGGUGGACUGAUUACACCAGUGCUUCAAGAUGCUGAUAAGAUUGAUGUAUAUUCAUUGUCAAGAAAGUGGAAGGAGUUGGUUGAUAAGGCCCGUGCCAAGCAGCUCCAACCUCAUGAAUACAGCACUGGUACUUUCACUCUUUCGAAUCUGGGAAUGUUUGGCGUUGAUCGCUUUGAUGCUAUUCUGCCACCUGGAACUGGAGCAAUAAUGGCUGUUGGAGCAUCGCAGCCAACUGUUGUGGCUACCAAGGAUGGUCGCAUUGGCAUGAAGAACCAAAUGCAGGUCAAUGUUACAGCAGAUCAUCGAGUAAUCUAUGGUGCCGAUGUAGCUUCAUUCUUGCAAACCCUGUCAAAGAUUAUUGAGGACCCCAAAGAUCUUACUUUCUAGUCUCAUUUUCCUAACAAAAUGAAAAAAAGAAAAAAAAGAUCCUUCUCUGGGUAAUGAUUCCUCUUAUCAGGUUGCGGGAUUAUUAAUCGUCGACAAGCAGAAAUUGAGGAGCCAAUUGCUAUUCACUCGGGAUUUUGCAAAGAACAGAAGAGUUUUUAUUAGGAAAAGCUGAACUAUAGUUUCUUAAAAUGACAUUUUCAUUCGAAUAUACCAUUUACAUUUUUAUUUAAUGUUGCCAGAUUUUUUUUUCUUCGUUUUUCGGGAUGUUCAUUGUUGUCUAAUAAUGUCCAUUAUUUGUGUAAGCAUAAGCUUAUUUUUGGAUUAUAAAUCUUGAAAAGUGAAACCCAAAGGAAUGAACAUCGACUAUGUUAUGGAACCACGAAAGGUUAUUGAUGAAGAAAAUUGCUUCUGCAAUGUGGUUGUCAUAACAUUUUGAUUUGAUAGCAAUGACUGUAAUAAAAGAUCUGGUUGCACUAA